AUGAUUUUAUCAAAGUUAUUUUGUAAAAAUUGGAACGAUAAGCAACAGAAAUUAUUAACAUUAGCGAAAUUACUAACUUGUGGAGUCAUCGUAACUUUAUCAUGGUUAUUUUUUGCUGUUUUAUGGUGGACAUUUACCGUUUCUAACGGCAAUACAUCUAGCAAGUUUCUUGAUAAAAAUUUUUUAAAACAAUUGCACGGUAAUUCUGUUGAAACUGAGCAAAAAAUAAGUUUUGGAUCACACGGUAGGAAUAAUCAGUCCAGUGCCACGAAGCAGCCGACGUUCCCAUUCGAAGAUAGAAGUCAACAACACUCGUUGCAUCAGUCACGACGUGAUAAGUCCCAAUGUCUCGACAACGUUCCAAAUUUCAUUAAUUCUUUGAUAUUUUCAGUGGAAACUCAAACGACGAUUGGUUACGGGACGAGAGUUAUGAACUACCAGUGCUACGAAACGUUGGUCGUUCUGAUGUUGCAGUUGCUGGUGGGAUGUAUCGUGGAGACACUGGUUGUAGGUUUGUUCGUUCAUAAGCUUCUCGACAACUCGUUCAAAAAUCAAGUUAUUAAAUUUUGUAAAUCUGUCAAUGUCAAGAAUAUUAGCGACGGAAAAAUAAAGAAUGAAUUAGUUCUUACGUUUCAAUGUUCUAAAGUUAAGCACUGCAAAGUAACAUCUGUGUCAAUAGAGGCUCGAUUAAAAGUUAUCGAGGAUAAUAUCAAUAGAAGGAAAAACAGUUUUCUUCGUCGGGUCAGUCUGUUUGACGAAGAAUCAGAUUUGAAAGUUUGCAUUAAUAAGAAGAGUUUUGAUGACGAAAAAGUUGAAUGCAAUCUCAAUCUAUCGUGCGACCCGUUUGGUGCACACUGUCGCAAAUUUUAUUUCCUACCCUGGCCAACAAUCUUGUACCAUCACGUCAAUAAAAAAAGUCCUCUAUGGAAAUUAAGAAGAAAUAUUUUGAAUAAAGGAACGAUUGAUUACAAUAUUGAGUUUGUGGUGAAAGGUUUCUUAGAAAAUAGUGAGACACCGUUCAUAUGUAAACAUAGCUACAAAAUGCAGGACGUUGAAGAGAAUCUUCUGAAUGCAAUCAUUCUAACGAAGCGAUGUUUGAGCGAUAAGAACACAUUUGUUUAUGAAAAUCAUUAA